CCUAAACACGGAAACGACCAAUGCUAGUUCACUGAUUAAUGUUUGUAAGAGGUUGUCGUAUUUUCAUUCUGAACAGGUUCAAUGGCGUCCCUGACGGAGCAACUAAAGAACUGCAAGCUAAAGAAAGUAACAGACCCUAUUAAAGAUUUCUCCAGUCCAAAGACUGCCGGCUAUAUGAGUCAGGAGGAGAUAACUCUUUACCAAAACUCGGUUAUUGAUGUAAAUACCGAGAAAUGGAUGCACGUACUUAAAGAACUGACAUUUCCAACAGAGUUAUGUCCUUUGAAAAUCGAGGAAGCAAACCUCUUUGUAAAAAUAUUCGAAAACUGCUACAGAAAUCUCGACGCUCAACAAAUCUGUGACUUAAACUGGCGUGAGACGUUAACGUCAGACGAAAAAUUAAAAAUUGAAGAUGUCACUAAACGUUUGGAAUCGGUCAUGGAACAAUUCACGGCAAGAGAUGGUUUUGCGUUUGUGAAGACGUCAAGCCGAAGCGCCAAGGACGCACCGAUGGUUCAACGACGAUUCAAAGAUGUGUACCACAAGUUCUUAACGGAAUUCCCAGAAGACGAACAAAGUGAAAAUAUCCAAAUUACGUGUCUCCUUAGAGCUGCAUUUGAAGGUCUCAAAGUGAAAACCGCAGAAGACGUGGUUGAUAUGAUGCUGAGGAGCGAACGAAUCUACCAAGACAUGUUGCUUGCUCUGAAAAUCGAAAGCAGAUUUGAAGAGAACUUUGUCGUGAGAAAAUUCGUUGAUGUUGAUGUUGAUAUGGAGUUUAGGGGGUUUGUGUUUGGGGGAGAACUUGUAGCAUUGUCGCAAUAUAACUACCUGAUUUUCUCGCAGAGGCUCUUAAACACGGGGGACCAUCUCAAGGAUAUUAUUUGCAAAUAUUUCAAUGACAAGGUACGACCGUUGAUGAAGGAGCAGGAUUUUCCUACAGCAUACAUAAUCGAUUUUGCAGUUUGUGACAAUGGUGACAAGCUGUGGGUGAUCGAGAUUAACCCCUUCGCCGAGACGACGGACGGUGGAUUGUUCAGUUGGCAACACGAGCGCCAUCUGUUGGAGGGAAAAGAAGGAUUUCAGUUCCGGAUUGUAAAGCGACCUAAACCAGGGGCCAAGGCUAUGUUACCGCAGAGCAUCAAGGCAUUGUUGAAAUAGAGGAAGGUUGUGGAAAUAGCGCCAAGAAUGUGUUACUGCAGAGCAUCAAUGCUUUGUUGAAAUAAGAGAGGGUUGUGGAAAUAGCGCCAAGAAUGCGUUACUGCAGAGCAUCAAGGCUUUGUUGAAAUAGAAAAAGGUUGUGGAAAUCGCGCAAAGAAUGCGUUACUGUAGAGCAUCAAGGCUUUGCUGAAAUAGUGGAAGGUUGUGGAAAUAGCGCCAAGAAUGUGUUACUGCAGAGCAUCAAGGCUUGGUUGAAAUAGGAGGGAUGUGGAACUUGGGGCCAAGGCUGUGUUACCGCAGAGCAUCAAGGCAUUGUUGAAUUAAGGGAGGGGUGUGGAACAGACCAAGACUGUUACCCCCAGUAUAAAAGCGUUGUUAAAAUAGGGGAAAGUGUGGAACGGGCCAAGGGUAUGUUACCACCAGGGUAUUAGGGCGGUGUUGAAUAUGGGAGGGGUGCGGAACAGGGUCUAAGGCUGUGUUACCGCAGAGCAUCAACGAGCUGUUGCGUGGGAAGGGUUUGGAACAGGCCAAGGCUUUGUUACCACCAGGUCAUUGACGAAUUGUUGCGUGUGUGUGUGUG